UGUAAAAGCAGAGCAGAGAGCUGAGGCUCAGUGUCAGGCUCCCGGAGUGAAACCAUGUCUCUGUACCGUAACUUCGCCUGGUUCCUCAAAGGAAUGACCGAGUUCACCAGGAGCGCCUUCCUGUCCGCCUCUAAGAGGUUCGUGGAGAAGGACCUGGAAGUUUCCGUGGCUGGACGCUCCUUCAUGAUAACAGGAGCCAACAGUGGCAUCGGCAAAGCCACCGCCAUGGCCGUCGCUAAGAGAGGUGGGACGAUCCACAUGGUUUGUAGAAACAAGGACAAGGCUGAGGAAGCGAGGGCUGACAUUGUGAAGGAGACAGGAAAUAAAGAGGUCUACGUCCACAUCCUGGAUCUGUCUGAGACCAAGAAGGUGUGGGAGUUUGCUGAGGCCUUCAAGAGAAAGUACAAGACUCUAAAUGUCCUGAUCAAUAAUGCAGGCUCCAUCAUGAGUCAGAGGGAGGUGAACGCUGAGGGACUGGAGAAGAGCUUUGCCACCAAUGUUCUGGGGAUUUAUAUUCUCACCAAGAGUCUCAUUGCUUUGCUGGAGAAGAGCCCGGACCCUCGAGUGAUCACAGUGUCAUCAGGAGGAAUGUUGGUGCAGAAGCUCAGGACGGGAAACCUGCAGUCUGACAGGGGGCGCUAUGAUGGCGCCAUGGUCUACGCUCAGCACAAAAGGCAGCAGGUGGUGAUGACAGAGCAGCUGGCAAAGACUCACACAAACCUUCACUUCUCUGUCAUGCAUCCUGGCUGGGUAGACACUCCAGCGGUGGCCAACGCCAUGCCAGACUUCCAUCGCUCCAUGAAGGACAGCCUGCGAACCCCGGAGCAGGGAGCCGACACUGUGGUGUGGCUGGCUGUGUCUGAGGCCACAGCCAAAAACCCCAGUGGAUCCUUCUAUCAGGACCGAACGAUGGUGCCGGCUCAUCUGCCUCUGGCCUGGACCCACAGCUCCUCACUGGAGGAGCAGGAGUUAAUGUCUCUACUGGAGGAACUGGCCAAGACGUUCCAGCCUCACUGAGACACUGAGACACUGAGACAGCAGGACACUAACACCAAUCAUCAGCUAACACGGGGCGAGACCAGGGUCCAGCAUGGACCUGCUUCUGAUGUUGUCCCCAAACUGGUUCAAAGUGGGACAAAUGGAAACCUGACAGACUAAACUCACUCUAAUGCUUUUUAACCACCGUGACUGUGAUGCUGCCAUCCUCGACCUCGACCACACACACACGCACACGCACACACACACACACACACGCACACACACACAGGCUUUUACAAAGCACAACAUCCAGUCUGUCGCUGUGGCUUUAGCACAGUUGUCAAUUAGAUGGGAAUCUGAUUUGACCCAAAGUCACGGCCUCACACGACCUCACACGACCUCACACGACCUCCUGUACUCAUGUCUGACGUCAUUGUCCGCAUCAUUAACACAAGUGAACUAAACAACAGAGUAACUCGUGUAUCUGUUGUAUUGUAGUGUGGCUGCUUCACUGUGAAAAUGUGUUGUCACUAAAAACAAAUACACCACACAGCAGCAGCAUCAGCAGCAGCGGCAGCAGCGGCAGCAGCAGCAGCAGCAGCAGCAGCAGCAGCAGCAGCAGCAGCAGCAUUACCUGACCUGUGCCAUAAAAACAAUGUACCUUUAAAAAGGCUUUUCUUUUGUCUUGUAAAUGUCUGCUUGAAUAAAGAACAUAACUAACCAAA